AAGAAAAUGAAGGGUCCAGAUUGAAAGAAGUUUUUUUUUUUUUUUUUUUUGAGAAGAAAGGAAGGAGAAAGUUGAUGAGGUUAUGAAAGGGGGCAAAUAUGGUCCAAAAUUGGUCAGACUCAUCGCAUAACAACAACACCACAUAUUAAUUAAGGUGUGAGGGGGAGAAGAGAAGAGAAGAGAAGAGAAGAGAAGAGAGAGAAAGUAGUUGAGAGAAAUGGGUCCAUGGAAUUCAAUAUCAAUGGAGAUCAUAUACGGGGUUUUAGGAUGGAGUUCCAUCAUAUGCUGGGUGCUUGCUUCAUAUCCACAGGUCAUUCUAAAUUUCCGACGGAAAAGUGUUGUAGGAUUGAGCUUCGAUUACUUGAUUUUGAAUUUCACCAAACAAUCUUCCUAUUUGAUAUACAACGCUACCCUCUUCUUUAGUACCACUGUUCAGAAGCAGUACUUCGACAAAUACGGCUACGAUCAGAUGAUACCGGUGGCUUUGAGCGAUGUCUUUUUCCCCUUCCACUCUAUUAUAUUGAUCUUCGUCGUCUCGGUUCAAAUUAUAUUUUUUGAUCGCGGCAGCCAGAAAGUCUCGAAGGCAGCAAUUGCCAUAUUGGUCGCUGUAUGGUUCUUUGCAGGAGCCUGCUUUUUUAUGGCUCUGCCAACCCAUUCAUGGCUUUGGCUUGUCUCUAUAUUCAAUUCGAUUCAAGUUUUUAUGACAGUCAUCAAAUACUCUCCUCAGGCAUUUUUGAACUUCACCAGAAAGAGUACAGUGGGAUUCAGCAUUGGCAAUAUAGUUCUGGACUUCAGUGGAGGAGUGGCAACUUUGGCUCAAAUGAGCGUGCAAUCAGUUGAUCAAGGUUCUUGGGUGAACUUUUUGGGAAACAUAGGGAAGCCCUUGCUAGCUUUGACUGUGCUGCAGGUCUCUAUAGCGUUUGAUCUGAUUUUCUUCUAUCAACAUUUUGUAUUAUAUCAUAUCAAGGCAUCAAGGGUUUCAUUUCAACGUGACCCUGAAAGCACCGACUCUGAACCAUUAAUUAAGGACUCUGAUCACUUGCAAGGGAUUGCCACAACCAGUUGAUAUUUGAUGGCAUUGCCUCCACUUCUUAGCUAUUUUCGUGCCAAUAGGUAAUUACUAUUCUUAUUAAUUGCCAUGGAGUUGUAGUGCCAACACAAAGGAGGUUUAUUUCUCUUUUGCCUGGUCCAUUUGUUUCCUCUCAGUAUUGGUCCCAUCCAUUUUCUUCUGGUGAAGGCUUUUUAUAGAUUCAUUAAAGUGAGCGGCUGAGCCUCUGCUAUUAUAAAGUCAAAUACAUGUGAUAUGACCAUUCUUGAAGCAAGCAGUUAAGAAAUCUCCUUUUAUGCUUUUAUGGAACUCGAAGCUGAACAUGCAAAAAUUAUUGAGGAGACUGUAGUUGAUGCAGGGGAGGGCUUGAAGUUGAAGGGUCUUGUUCCAUGGAUGUGCUUGAGUUUUUUAGGGAUGGGAUACCUCGAAGAAGAUGGCUUAAACAGGGUGGGGUUUGGGGAGUACAUUUGUUCGAACUUGGUCGUGAGCUAUGUAUAAUAAUAGAUUUGACUAUUUUUCGCUUGACUGCGUUGUCUGACUACUACUGUGAAUCGGGCUAAGUUGUUAUAAAGAUGAAAUUGUUGGACU